AUUGCAUUUUUUACAUAACCAACGGUAAAGAUCUUAACAGCAAUGUGGAUCAUGAAUUUUUUUACAAUUACAAUUUUAUCCCGCUGUUAAUUGCUGGUGGGGCCUAUCAAGUAUCAUCAACGUAGAAAGCGAAAACUAUCUUCUUCCUCUCUCUCACUAUUUCCUCUGUACGGUGCUGAGUGCAGACCAUCAAAUUGCAAAAAUAGGAUUCUCUCUUUUUACAUAAUCUGAAUCUCUUCUCCUCCGUCGAAGUUUGAAUUCCUCUGGUUCUCCCUCUAGCUGUCCCAGCUUCGAUUCUCUCGCAUUCACGUAUACGUUAUGCACGAAUGAGAUCAUCGUAGAUCGUGAUUGAAGCGAGAGAAAAUUAGGAGAGCGAAGAUGAGCGAGGGCCAGAAGUUCCAGCUGGGAACAAUCGGCGCUUUGAGUUUGUCCGUUGUGUCGUCUGUGUCGAUCGUGAUCUGUAACAAGGCGCUUAUUAGCACCCUUGGCUUCACAUUCGCGACUACUUUGACUAGUUGGCAUCUUUUGGUCACGUUUUGUUCCCUCCAUGUGGCAUUAUGGAUGAAGAUGUUUGAACACAAGCCUUUCGAUCCACGAGCUGUGAUGGGAUUUGGCAUAUUGAAUGGGAUAUCCAUAGGAUUAUUGAACCUCAGCCUGGGCUUUAAUUCCGUUGGUUUUUACCAGAUGACAAAACUAGCAAUCAUCCCCUGUACUGUACUCUUGGAGACCCUCUUCUUCAGGAAAAAGUUCAGUCGAAAAAUUCAGUUUUCAUUAAGCAUCCUUCUCCUUGGUGUUGGAAUUGCAACCGUCACAGAUCUUCAACUUAACAUGUUGGGUUCGGUCUUGUCGCUGCUGGCUGUUAUCACAACAUGUGUUGCUCAAAUUAUGACAAAUACCAUCCAGAAGAAGUUCAAAGUUUCAUCCACGCAACUUCUUUAUCAGUCAUGCCCGUAUCAAGCAAUCACACUUUUCGUCAUUGGGCCAUUUUUAGAUGGGCUCCUAACCAACCAGAACGUGUUUGCUUUUAAGUACACUUCUCACGUUGUGUUCUUCAUCGUUCUGUCUUGUCUCAUAUCGGUCUCUGUAAACUUCAGCACUUUUCUGGUCAUUGGAAAAACGUCCCCUGUGACAUAUCAGGUUCUGGGACAUCUGAAAACAUGCCUGGUUCUAGCAUUUGGCUAUGUGUUGCUGCGAGACCCGUUUAACUGGCGCAACAUUCUCGGUAUUAUGGUGGCUGUGGUUGGAAUGGUUGUUUAUUCCUAUUUCUGCUCGAUUGAGACUCAGCAGAAAGCAAGUGAAGCAUCAACUCAAUUGCCUCAGAUGAGUGAGAGCGAGAAGGAUCCGCUAAUAGCAGCGGAAAAUGGAAGCGGAGUGUUAUCAGAUGGUGGUGUGGGUGUGCCAAAGACAGUGGCUCCUGUAUGGAACUCAAAUAAAGAUUUUCAAGCCUAAAGCUGAUCAUCGCUCAAUUUUUUUUAUAUAUAUAUCAAACUCUCUUUUGUAUCAGAUUUGUCCAAAGCAGAAAGAAAAAAACGUUUUUUAAUUCCUCUCUUUUGUUUGCUUCUCUUUCUAAAUCGCAUAGCAGAGAGGUAGAGGAGACUGAAAAAUCAAUAAUCAACAGCUUUCCACACCGUAUGGAAAAAGGAAGAAAGUAGUGAGGGGAAAAAAGGGAAUAGCAUUGAUGAUCCCAAUUUUAUUAUACAGAGCGGUUUUUUUUCGUUUUUGGAUUUAGUACUACAUCUGUAUUCUAAAGUUGUGGCUAUAUAUUCAUCAACGCUGGAAACAUGUAUUUGAUUUUUCAAGACUCCUUAAUAUGAAGUGUGUACUCCAUUCUCUUAACCAACGUAUUUUUCUCAUUCCAUGUUUUUGACCAGAGAGGUUGAGCGUGUAAUAAGUUUCUGAUAUUCGUGG